UCAAAUGGCGUCAGGCGUUUGUUUUGUAACUGUUACCAAACUCUUUUGUCACUGAAAAAUGUUUCAAAUUGACGGCGGUUUGUAGUGACCUCCAGUUUCGCAUGCGGGCUUUGACUCCAGCAGGACUUUUAGGGGAAACAAAGUCAAACCGCAGACCACUUCCAGCAGCCUCUUCCCCGGGACUGACAGCAGGAUGUCCUCGGUCCCUAAAGUGACACUGUCCGGAGGUCUGGAGAUCUGCCGGGUCCUGAACGGGAUGUGGCAGGUGUCCGGAGCGCACGGAGCGGUGGAUAAAGCCAGGGCAGUUGAGGCCAUGCAGGACUAUGUAGAUGCUGGUUUAACCACAUUCGACAUGGCAGACAUUUACGGGCCUGCAGAGGAGAUUUUUGGACAGUUUAACACCCAGCUGAAGUCCAAGUCCUCUGAGAGUCCUGUCCCGGCUCUGCAGGGUUUGACUAAAUAUGUACCGAGACCUGGACCGAUGGAGCGCAAGGUGGUGGAGAAGGCGUUGCAGCGCUCCAUGACUCGAAUGCAGGUGGAUGCUCUGGACUGUGUUCAGUUUCACUGGUGGGACUAUGGAGACAAGAGAUAUCUGGAGGCACUGGGCCACCUCUCUGACCUGCAGCAAGAAGGAGUCAUACGUGAGCUCGCCCUCACUAACUUUGACACAGAGAGACUGGAAGAGAUCACCAGCAAAGGGAUCCGCAUCUCCAGCAACCAGGUUCAGUACUCGGUGAUUGAUCAGCGUCCUGCAGCCAGGAUGGAGCAGUUCUGUGUGGCAAACAACAUUAAGCUCCUCACUUACGGCACACUCGCCGGCGGUCUGCUGUCUGAGCGUUAUCUGGGGAAGGUGGAGCCAAAAUCGAGGGCGGAGCUCUACACUGCCUCCCUCUCCAAGUACAAGAACAUGAUUGACACUUGGGGUGGCUGGAGUGUUUUCCAAGAUCUCCUUGUCACCUUGGAAACCAUAGCCAAGAGACAUGACUGCUCAGUGGCCAGUGUGGCGAUGCGUUAUGUGCUGGACCACCCUGCGGUGGGCGGAGUCAUUGUGGGUUGCCGUCUAGGCGUCGCAGGGGCGGGGCAGCACAUCAGUGACAGUCUGCGUAGCUGCAGCCCUGACCUCAAGUUGACGGCGGAAGAUCUCUCCGCCAUUGAAGCAGUGACACAACGCUCCAGGGACCUCAUGGCAAUCAUCGGGGACUGUGGGGAGGAGUAUAGGAGCUAAAGAGGGAAGGGAGGACCGACGAACUGGAUGUGACAGAUUGAUGCGGAGGAGGAAAUAAGAGCAAAGAGAAACAUCUCCCACAGCACAUGGAAAUUUUACAAAAACCUAAACAUUUCCUUAUUUGGAGUCAAUAUUUUUCUCCCAUAGUAUACACAUGAACCACUAAGGUGCUUUAAGAAGCUUCUCCUUUAGGCCUGAAUGCUUUCGCACUAAGAUGCUCAAACAUGUUUACAUUAAAAUGUGUGUCUUUAAGUCUUAGGGUUCAGAGAAAGUUCUCUUACCAGUUGUCUGAAUAAAAUAUAUAUUCUUUGCUUUUUUACUAAAUUAAAAUAAAGCUAAAAUUGAAUCUUUCAAUGAACAUUAGGACCAAAAAUACAUUCUAAGGGAAAGUGUAAAGGUGACUAUAAUUUUUUUUCUUUGCUUGUAUAUUUGAUUUGUUG